AUGAGAGACCCAAAUUGGGGUUGGAAUGAUGAUAGCAAUUAUGGCGGUAGCCAUAAUACUAAUCAGCAAUGGCAGCAAAUGCAAGAACCGCGGAGAAACCAAGGAAGUUAUAGCAAUCAACCCACAACAGCAGUAUCGGAUAAGAUUUAUAACGAAUACUAUAACUAUCAAACAACUAUUCCGUCAGCACCAAUCGGAACUAAUUAUUCCCAAACAAAUCAAAUGCAGUCAUUUGAAAUGGGAUCAAAUUCGUAUGGUGUUGGAAAUCAGUUUAUGUCAGACCCGAUGCUAAAUGCUGCAAGACAAAUUGGUGGCCAGUUCGCUGUACAACAAAAGGAAAAGUUGACCAAAUAUUUGUCAGCAUUCCAUCUGAAAUAUUAUUUUGCUGUGGAUAAUACAUAUGUCGGCAAAAAAUUGGGUCUUAUAUUAUUUCCUUUUCUGCAUCGAGAUUGGACUGUCAAGUAUGAUUCUUCAGAUUCGCCAGUACUCCCACGAUCAGAUAUCAAUGCACCAGAUUUAUAUAUUCCGUUAAUGGCUUACAUAACUUAUAUUCUUAUCUCCGGAUUUGUACUGGGAACACAAAGAAGAUUUACACCUGAACAGUUGGGCAUCAUCACAACAAAUGCGUUAGCGUAUCUUAUUUUCGAAAAUCUAAUAAUAAUUAUAACGAGGAUGAAUGUUUGCUUGUUGGUCUUUGUGCUAGGUGGCAAAUCGUUGUAUUAUUGGGUUCUAGCUUAUAUGUCCUUUGCAGUUGUUUUUUUUCUGCUACGAACGGUGAAGACAUUUUUAAUGGAUGUACAAAAUACGUAUAAUGAAUAUGGUGGUAAAAAGCGUAAAAUAUAUUUGAUGCUAUUUAUAGCAUUUACACAACCGUUUCUAAUGUGGUGGUUGACCAGUUCUGUGACCAGUUACACACCUGGCAAAAUGGACUUGGCCCAGUUUGCAUUGUCGGGUAUAGGAUUCAGUGAAGCAGUAAGCAAAGGACAACUGCCAUUGCUGCCAAGUGGUGAAGUAGAUUAUGAAGCAUUAUUAAAAAUGCCUUAA